AUGGCGCCGGUUACUGGCGUUUUCGAUGGAAGCUUGAUGGAGUACAUUACGCCAGGCAAUGCCGCGAUAACGAGUGAGGCCAUCACGUGCGCGAUGGGCUACUCUGAUACCCAGCAGUCUAUUUGUGCCGCCCUAUUUUUCCCGGUCAUAGUCAAGAAAGAAGAUAAUACCCGCGAGGAGGCCGUUAUGUGUACUAUACCGAGCCCGGAGGACACUUUCGCAAUGGCGAACAAGCAGUCGAUGGAGAGGACCUUUAUCUACAGCAAGGAUCCCAAAACCAGUGGUUACCAGCUAUCGUCAAGAGACUCAGUGGAGUCGGGCUGA